AUGUUCAUAAAAUUGAUAAAGAGAGAGUUGGUAUAUUUUUCUACUUUUUUAAAAAAUCAGCUACAAAGUAGUAGUAGUAGUUGCAGCAGUAAUAGUAGCAGUAGUAGCAGUACAAUUGGCAGUUACAGGGGCAUUGGAGUGGUACGCUAUGUGUCAAGCAUUAAAAGCAUAGAGCACUGUUUGGAGGAAAUGAAGGCGAAGGGAUGUAACAUAAAUGUCCUGAGCUUAGUAAUUAGUAACAACAAUUUGUGUUACUGUUUGUUAAAAAAUAAAACUAUAAAAAAGAUUGGGCUGAUAAAUAUUAAAAAGGAUUUUUAUUCAUAUGAACAGGUUAAUACAAAUACAAAAAAAAGAAAAGCGAAUUUUGAAAAGGAGAAUUUGAGAUAUAGUUAUGAUAAGGAGGAAAGUCCACUAAGUUUUAAUAUCAGAGAAAUUUUGACAGUCUUAAAAUUUAUUAAGUUAUAUUCAGUCAAAGAAGAACAUAAUAUAAUUGGAAAUAAUAAUGAAUAUAUUGAUGAAGAAAAUAGCUCGAAAAAAAAAAAAAAAAAAAAUGUUUUUAUAUUAGAUCAAAUUGAGAAGGAUAACGAUCGAGGAAAAAAACAUGAACUGUUAAGUAGUGAGAAAUUUACUGAAAUAUUAUCGGAUGAGUAUGCGAGUGAACAAGUAACUCAUUGUGAUAAUUUAAAAAAUGCUUUGGGAAAAAGGAAGGAAGAGUGGAUUAUAGGUAUAGAGAAAGUAAAUGAAAAAUAUGAAAAAAACAGAAUUAAGGAAAAGAUACUCUCAGUAAUUGUUUAUUUUUUACGCUCUAUUUUUCAGUGUAAAAUAUUAUUCUUUUGUCCAAAAGAAGCAAGAAAAUAUUUUAGCAGGAAAUGCAAUAGUAAUUUGAAUAACAGAGAAGAAACAUAUAAAUACAUAAAAAACAAAAUAAAAGAUUUUCCAAGUGUUGAUAAAAAUGAUAAUAAAAUGAACUGCUUAUUUAGUGACUCUUAUGUUAUAUCGUUUUACACCUACAGAUAUUAUAUGCAUGAACUUGUAAAAAGUAAUAGAAAAAUAUUCUUGUACCUCGAAAACGAAGUUCGAAAAAAUAAAAGUUUCAAUAACAUUUUACAGACAUUAAAAAAGACACAAGAUGAGAAAUAUAAAAUUGAUCUUAGAGAUCUCUUAAAAGAUAGGAUUGACAGAAUUGUCGAAAAUGAAUCCUACAUAUUAGUAGACAAGCAUAUUAUUUAA